UUUCUUUGUCAACAAUAUUAGAAGCUUUCAACGUGACAGAGCUAUUCUGGUGUCAAAAAAUCAAGAGAUCAGUAAGGUUAUUUGCAUCAAGGGUGAAUAAAAGUGAAGCCGGUCUUGUGCGUGUUUGUAAUUAAUAAAGUAUUACAUUUUAUUUGGGAAAGUGUUGUUGUUGUCCAUGCUUGUACUGUACAGUCAUCCAAACAUCGAGAUUCGUGGAACAAACUGUUUGUGUCAGCCACAACAAGGUGUCAUGCUUUUGCUCUUAAAAACCAUCACGAAAGCUUUCAUUUUUUAUAGCUGUAUACUGUUACAUCUGCCAUGUGUUAAGGAUAUAACUCAGGAGUUUAGUGGCAAAGGUACUAUGAUUUAUCAGUUGGAGAAAUGGACGAACUUUCAGCAAAGUCUUUAUUCAGGUGAUAGAUUUUUAAAGGUUUCAAGGGUAGAAUAUGUUCUGACUUCUGAUCUAACAAUAAAAAAAACCAAACACAUCUUUGUUAACUCCUACUCGCUGACUGAGUUUUGAAAUAGAAUGGAUGUCUUAGGAUGCAUGUUUUUUAUAAUGAAAGGACUCCAGGUAACAGAAAGCUCAACCCAUCUCUGUCCAUUUUAUUUACUAUGGAGUCUACACUGCAAACAGGGUCUGGAUAUUGAAUGCCUUCAGCCAACAAACAAAUGAUGAAGAGACAGCUUGGACAGAAAAUGACUGACAGGAUAAAUGUUUAGUGUCUGACUUAAAAAUGAGAAUAGAAGAGAGAAGAAUAGCGUUGGUUUCGUGACAAAGAUGAAUUACUCUAGUGGAGAGUGGUCACUACUGUGACCAAUUCUGGGCUCCCCCAGCACAACGUGUAUGUGGACAUGCUAGGAAAAGUCCAACACUGGACCACAAAAAUGAUGAAGGGAGCAGACAUCUCUCCUAUGAGGAGAGGCUGAGAGAGCUGGGAAUCUUCACCCUGGACAAGAGAAGACACGAAGGGGAUCUCAUCUAUGUGUAUAAAUUCCUGAUGGCAGGAUGCAAAGGUGAUGGAGUCAGGCUCUUUUCAGUGGUGCACAGUGACAGGCCAAGAUACAAUGAGCACGAAUCAAAACACCAGAGGGAUUCUUUACAUUGUGUGGAUGCUGAUCCAGGCUGCCCAGAAAGGCUGUAGGGUCUCCUCUUUGGAGAUCAUCAAAAGAUGUCUGGACAUGGUCCUGGACAACCUGCUCUGGCUGUGCCUACUUGAGCACAUGUUGGACCAGGUGGACACUGAUGUCCCUUCCAGCCUCAUCCGUUUUGUGAUUCUGUGGCAAACUAUAUUGCCAAUAGCAUAAUUAUUAAAUUGUGUUCUUCUUGGUUUGUGAAAGACCAGAUGUAUCUAAUUUAACCUUUUUAUUGUUUUCUGAAUCAAAUUUACAGAAACCAGUUGGAUUUACAUACAGAAGUUCCAGUCAUUUGCCCCAAGGAAAAAUAAGAGUACAAAAAUCUCUGGAAAGGGCUUCAAGUCUUCAUCUCUCUUCACCAGGCCGAGGAAGGCAUAACCCAGUCAUAAGGGCUGCUUUACAAAAUAGCCAUGGUCAGGUCAAUACCACAACAAAUAGCGUUCAACAGACUGUUGAACUUGAAUCUCAGCAGCCUGUUCUUAGGCAGAGCCCUCCACUCCCCACCAUAGUUUCUACACAAUCCUUGCAUUCACAGUUUACAGCAGCUGACAGCAUCCCUGACCUUCUUCCACAACCAAAUCUUUCUGGUACUGUUGAAAGUACUGUCAACAUUGCAUCAUCUUCAGCAGCAUCAUCAGUGAUGCCAGCACCAUCUGAAACAGGUUUGGGAAAUGAAGCAGUGGUGGUGAACUACAGAAAUGCAUCUGGGAGUGUAAACAUUAGCAAAGAAGUGCCAUCUUCAUCAGUCUCCAUCCAUCCAAGCUUUGAUUAUGUUGGUGACCCGGUGAGAAAUGUGAAAGUUCUUGGAAACUAUUUGAUGAAAGCUCGGCAAAAGACUAAACCAAAGUAUGCAGCGCGCUACUUGGUUCGUGUCUUGUUCCCCAAGGAAGCUUUAUUGUGUAGCGUUAUAGGAGUGAGUACACAAGGGUGGUGUUCACUGGAUCCUAAUAAAAUGACUGCAAUAAGAGAAUUUCUUGCAGCUAACUUUCCAAACUAUGAUUUGAGUGAAUAUGGAAAAGACUGGAAAACCUGUAUCACACAUGUCAAUGCUAUGAUCCGCUGUUUGCAUUCUGAAACAAAAAUAAACCAAGAGAUAGCUAAUGCGAAAGAGAAAUUGGCUGACAGUCCAGAUACAUCUCUUUCUGUAGAUUUAAAUUGCAAUGAAAACAGUAAAGGGAGUUCUCAAAACUCUCAGAAGAUGACCAUUUCUACAAGUGACAGUGUGCAAAAUUCAGGAUGGGAUAAGUUCCCAGAAUCUUUCCAUACACCUUCAGUCAAGAAACUGCAGUCUCUGGAACCCAUGGGUAAAUGGAGGAAUUUGCAUCCUGUGAAUUUGUGUGUUAUCUUUUUAAUAGUCAGUAAAAAGCAGAAAAUGUUACUGUAGGUGAAAUAGUUGAGCAGAUAUCUUUACUGUACAACAUAACUCUCCCUUUUAAGGCGUGCUCUUGGUUUGUAUAUAGUAUGGCAUCUUAGGAAUGAACGGGAAUAUGAUCUGGCUAACAGAACAUGUUUGCAUCUACACAUGUCCCAUAAUACACAUCAACAAAAACUGGAUAUUUCAAUUGU